UAAAGGGGAAUGCGGGGAAUGUAUCGUACGUGUUUGCAACGAACGUCAAGUCACAUCGCAAGUGGCUCUCAGAUUCAAAGAGGUUAAGAGAGCUGCUUGAUAGAAAUGGCAGCAAUAAAGGGCCUUGGUAGAAAUAUUCCUUAUUUGAGGCAACAAUUCGCUGCCCUCUUAGGAAACACAAGCACGAGUGUAAAAUUCAUGUGCAUAGUAGUCCUGUUCUCCUAUUGUCUUUCAUUUCUCGCGGAAGCGAUACGUGUUUUGAGUGUGACACCAGGUUACUUGCUACCUCCUGCCUUCUGGAUCUGGACGGCGUUCACUUUCUGCUUUCUCGAAAUACAUUUUUGGGAAGUAUGCGUAGACAUCGUCACGGUCGGACUCUGUGGCAAAUUGAUCGAGCCCCUAUGGGGUGCGAUCGAAAUGAUGACUUUCUUUGCAAUCGUUAAUUUCGGUGUCGCUGUGUUGUCAGCUUUAUUUUAUUUAUUUCUCUAUAUGUGCACCAAUGACACCGACCUGUUGUUCGACAUACAUAUUCACGGAUUAACGGGAUAUAUCGCAGGUGUUGCGGUGGCCGUAAAACAAAUUAUGCCAGAUCAUAUUCUAGUUAAGACACCAAUUGGGAAAAUUACAAAUAGAAAUAUACCAUUAAUGGUAUGGAUAAUGGGAGUGAUACUAUGGCUUUGUGGAUUGUUGGAAGGUACUCAUCCAACUAUGUUCCUCAGUGGGUUGUUGGUAUCGUGGAUAUACCUUAGAUUUUAUCAGAAACAUAAUAAUGGAACGCGUGGUGAUAUGGCUGAUAAUUUCACAUUUGCAAGUUUCUUUCCAAAUGUUUUACAACCACCGAUAGCAGUCGUGAGUAACACUGUACAUGGUUUCUUUGUACGUGUGGGAAUUUGUAAAAAGGUAGUAAGGAGAUUUGACAUGUCUAAUGCUCCUCCUGGUCUUGUUAUAAAUCUUCCUGGCAUCGAUCCACAUGACAGUGAAAGAAGAAGGCAAAUAGCAUUGAAAGCUUUAAGUGAAAGGCUGAGUAAGGAUCAUGCGAAACCGUGGCAACAGGAAAGAGCGAAAAAACAUUCUCCAGUACCUCCUGCAGUUUCUAUUCCAAUUCCCGAUAGUACUACACCCAAGCCCCUUGCAUCUCCGCUCAUUCCACAAGUUAGUGUCAACAUACAUAAUCAUACAUCUACUACCAAUACGUGAUCAAAUCAGACAGACUGAUUGCUUGAACAUGUAUAAAUAUGUUAAGGAUCCUCUAAAGCCAAGUUUGAAAAAAAUCCGAACAUUUCCUGCAAUCUUCGAUUAUUCUUCUGAAAACGUUACAGAAGCCUUUAGUUAUUAAUGUCUCUUGAUAACUCCAAAGAACAAAAUAUAAUACUCAAGCUGUGCCUUGACGUUCAUAGCUAUUAAUCAGUUCGUGCAUCCAUCCUCGAGUCAGUUUUUAAACACAUAAAUAUAGAGUUAAUUUGUUCUUUGGUAUUAUCAGAUCUAUAUUUUAUUGACAUAACUUAUUUGCGUCAAUUAUGAUGCCACAUUAUUGACGAUGCGAUGUAUUUAUAAUCUUUAGAAGGUCCUUAAACAGAAAAAGAAACAUAGAGAAUCCAAUCUUUCUAGUUUGUGAUGCUAUUUUCCAAGAAAAAUCAUGUUCUUUGUUAAGAACAAUUGAAUUCUAUUUAUGUAAUUGCGUGCGUCCGUGGAUGAUGAAAAAUUAAAAUUUUUUUUAAUAAAAAACGUUGGAGACACUAAAAUAUUACGUAAAUGCAGCGUUGUUCCGUCUUUAAUACUGUUCAGUGAUAAUUGGAAGAUGAAAAUAUGUUAUUAAUAACGAUGAAUGAAAAUAGACUGGCUUCCAGUGCAAUACUGUAAAAUAAUUUUACUAGAAACAGAUUUAAAUUUGGAAAGUGUUAUUACUUCGCUAACACGUAUUAGAAAAUAUUUUAUAUCAUCAAGAUUGCAAUUAAACAUCCUGUACAGUGUAAAAUGCUGAUACAUAAAACACAUGUAUAUGCUAAAUUCGAAUGACAACUGAAAUACAUGUACUUUUAGUUGAUUACAAAUAAUUUAGUCCGGAAAGUAUAUUUUACUUUUUAUGUCAUAAAAGUUUUUAUCUAAAGAACGUCCGUUAUUUAUAAUUUUUUUAA